AGACCCGCGUGUUGAUAAACUUCCUCUGAACUGGACCAGUUCUUCUCCUACUGCUGAGGUUUUUCAGUCCGUGAGUUCACAGGAGCAGAGAAGAAGGAGUGUUGAGAACCGGCCUGAGUGUUUGAGUCUCCAGAGGAAACAUUUCAUCUCCUGCAGCAACAAUGACUCCAGUUGAGGCUUUGAGAGAGUUUAUUCAGCAGCGACUAACUGCUGCUGCUGGAGAAAUCUUCACCGCGUUUCAACAGACUAUCAUCCUCUACGAGAAGGAGAUGAACGUUCAGGACAGACUGCUGGAAAUCACAGGAGAACUUCCAGCCCCGUUCUCCAGAGCAGAGAGUCCACAGCAACACAGCAGUAACCAGAAGACGAGUUCCAGUGGUGAGCAGGAGGAACAUGAAGCUCCACACAUUAAAGAGGAGGAGGAUCUUGUUGAGAUGAGCGUCACUGAUGGUGGAAGUGAGGAUUCCCACCACUCUGUGAGAGACUCCACCACCCGGAGACUCACUGCUGCUGCUGUGGAAAUCUUCAACCUGUUUCAACAGACUGUUGUCCAGUACCAGGAGAAGAUUGAUCGCCGACACAGACUGCUGGACGUCAUCUUCCAACCUCAAAUCAAGUUACACAGAAUGGAGCUCCAACAGCACCGUGACUGUAGAGAGGAGCAGGAAACAAACUACUGUCUAGAACAGGAGGGACCAGAACCUCUAGAGAUUAAAGAGGAACCAGAAGAACCAGGAGCUCCACAGAGAAAAGAGGAACCAGAAGAAGCAGGGUUUCUUCAGUUUCCAGAGGACCAGGAGGAACCAGGGCCUCCAGAGAUUGAGGAGGACGAGGAUCUGGGUUCCAGCCAGACGGGAGCGCGGCCUGUUGUGACGUUUGAAAGUGAAACCUUGAAGGUUCCUUCUGUUGAGGAGCAGAGUGACCUGAGUGAACCAGAAGAAGAACCAGACACUGAGCAGCUCCUCUCUCAGGACUCUGAAGUCCACCAUGAGAACCACCUGAUUGACUCUCCAGUUUCAGAGAAGCAGGCUGGAUGUGAGGAAACAUGUAGUGAAGCUGUCCGUAAAAAAACAAAACCAUGUCAGAAGGUAAGAAGGGUCACUGAUAAGAAGAAAACCUGUGAGAUGUGUGGAAAACGCUUCAUUUAUCAGAGUCAUUUGUUGUGCCACAUUAGAAUUCACACAGGUGAGAAGCCGUAUUCUUGUGAAACUUGUGGAAAAAGUUUCAUUGCACAUCACGCUUUGUUGCGCCACAUGAGGAUUCACACAGGUGAGAAGCCAUAUUCUUGUGAAACAUGUGGAAAAAGUUUUAGUAAACGGAGUUCUUUGCUGUCCCACAUGACGAUUCACACAGAUGAGAAGCCGUAUUCUUGUGAAACAUGUGGAAAAAGCUUCAAUAUUCAGAGUAAUUUGUUGCGCCACAUGAGGAUUCACACAGGUGAGAAGCCAUAUUCUUGUGGAAUAUGUGGAAGAAGCUUCAGUGGUAAGAGUUAUCUGUUGUCCCACAUGAAGACUCACACCGGUGAGAAGCCGUACUCCUGUGAAACAUGUGGAAAAAAUUUUAGUCAACAGAGUAAUUUGUUGGUCCACAUGAGGAUUCACACAGGUGAGAAGCCAUUCUCUUGUGAAACAUGUGGAAAAGGUUUUAGUCAACAGAGUAAUUUGUUGGUCCACAUGAGGAUUCACACAGGUGAGAAGCCAUAUUCUUGUGAAACAUGUGGAAAAAGUUUUAGUCAACAGAGUAAUUUGUUUGGCCACAUGAGGACUCACACAGGUGAGAAGCCGUUCUCUUGUGGAACAUGUGGGAUGAGAUUUACUCAUCGUCGUUCAUGGCUGCACCACCUUAAAAGUCACAAAUAGAUGGCGCCAUGAAAGACUCUCUUGGAGAGCUCAUUCAGGAAGUUCAACUUGAUCCCCAAACCACAAGAGAGCAUCCAGUUUAAAGGAAAUGUUCCACAUUCAAACACUGUUGAGACGAGAUCCACCUUCAGGAAUGUUUUUGUUUGUGGUCUGUCACAAAAAUGAGAAAUUUCAAGAAAUGGAAAUAAAAUGUUGACAUGAA